AUGUCGAAGCCAGUCAUCUCAACAGAAAAUAGAGGCUUAGCCUCCGCGCUAGACAGGAUCCCCACGAAGGUAGGUAAAAUGUAUUUUUUAUCCGAGAAUGAUCAACUCAGCGAUGCCGCGAAAUCAUUCAACUGUACACGGAGGACAUAUGUCGAAACACUCAUCGCCCUCAAGGCAUUUCUCCCAAAGCUUCUAGACCUGAAGCCAAGCACAGAAUACUGCCCCGAAUUAGCUGAGAAAUCAGAAGUAAUGGUCGGUACGUUAUCCCUCUACGCGUGUACCGGCUGUUACUCUGUCCUCGGCAACGAGGGACAGAAAAUCCAAAUAGUGAACAGAGAAUUCGGGUAUUUAGCUGAGAUCCAGAAGUUCCAUCACCUGCCCGGAAUUUUCGUGCCCCGUGCACCUAGAGGAUUAGCCAGGUGGGAGGAGGGGGGAGAGGGGGCGUACCGCACCCUCGAUGUAAAAGCAGCUUUUUCACUCGGACACUCGAAGAUAACCGUUGUGAUAAAAUGA